AUGGCUACCGCGUAUGAUCCUAGCGAUUCGGACAAUUUACCGGCGACAUUAACAGCUGAUGACAUUCAAGAGCUCAUCAAGAAGAACGAGCAGACCGAAGUGAAGAGUCUUGACGUGGAGGGUUGUGCUGCUCUGGUGCGGAAAGUGGCAUCAUUGGUGAAGGAGAAUCAGAGGCUUCGUAUUAAGCACUCCGAUGACCCGACCAAAUUUUUGGAGAGUGAAGUCUCACUCGCUGAGGAGAUACGCCGUUUGACCGAGUUAGCGGUUAACCCAGCCGAGCUGUACCCUGCCUUUGUAGCUGGGCAUGGGGGGAGAGUGCUCGUUGGCCUCCUCCAGCACGCCAAUGUUGAUAUCUGUGCGGAAGCUCUUGCGGUCCUUAGCGAUCUCACGGAGCCUGAGGUUAUGGCCGAUUGUGAAGAUAAAGUGGCUGGGGAUUUCGUUGAAUCGCUAGUAACUGAUGCCAAGUUGGGUAGUAUAUACAUCGAAACGUUGUGGCGGAUCUAUAGGGAACAGGGAGAGGAAGCAGAGAGUAGUGAGGAUAUCUCGGGGCAGGAGAAUGAUGAAGCUGGGAAAAUGGAGGAUGCUCAGCAGGCUACUACAAAUUGUCUUCAGACUAUUGAAAAUCUAUUUGAAAUAUGGCCAGCUAAAACGGUACCUGAGUUUGCAACGGGAAGGUUCGUCGAAUGGCUUGUCACUGUCAUCAAAGAAGCAGUGAGGGAGAAGAACUUCACGUAUAACGCGCUUUUUGCCUCUGAACUCCUGUCACUAUUACUGCAACAGUGCCCUAAUCCUAUUCAAACCAAGAUGGAGGCCGUGGUGAGCAUCAUCUACCAUCUACUGAGGAACACUAGGGGCUCGGAAGCUGCUCGGGUGUUGAACAAGUUCACGGAGGGGUCUUUCAGUAAAGUCGAUACUCUGGUGAAAUUGCGAGAGGAUACUCGAAAGCAUCUGGAGCGAAGACUGAAGGCCUACGAUGAGGAGAGCGCUGAGAGGGGCUCGGCGGUGGCGGCAGAGGAGGAGGAUGAUCUUGGGGAGGACCCUAAGGAGGCGCGAUAUAUUUUCGCACUGGGGAGUGGCUUGUCUCAGCUGCAGCUCAUUGACCUAUGUCUGUUAUUACUCUGUCACAAUUCGGGCAAUAAGGCGCUUACGGAGCACCUCUGUAGGGCGGUCCAAGGGAUGACAGGUUCAAUACGUGAGGUUAUUGCUCAGUAUACGGAUGAGCUUGAGGACUCGGAGAAAGGCCGGACGAAGGAUCUUAUGGAGAUGGUCACUGGUUUGGAGCAUCUCUGUGAGAAGGUUGCUAACGGCGUGGCUGAAGAGUAUUUUGAGCGAAGCGGAGCAUCCGGCCCAACAGCAGUGGAAGAGGAGGCCACUGAGGGGGCUGUUGGUGGCGUUCUGGAGGGUCGCGUAUGGCAGGUUCCUGUGAUGUCCACAGCACCACCGUCGACGGGAACAGCAGUAGUAGCAUUGACGUCGACGUCGCCGAGCGCCCGUCCGACCAGUAGUGGCGCUCCUCUAGGGUCUACUGCGGAGCUGGGGCCCAUUGAAAAUGUGACGAGUAGUACAGGAGUGCCUCCGAAGAGCCCAUCGGCUACGACAUGGUUUCCCUCUGCGGUAGAGGAGGGGAAUACUACGACUGCGGCAGGGACUCCUAAGUGGAGAACUAUAGUAGUGCCUGUGGUCGUUAAUGUAACAGUGCCAGCAGCAAUUGAAACAACAGUGGGAGUAGCAACUACUACUCCUACUAUGGUGGCGCCUGGCAAUGCGACCACUGUAGAGGUCCCAGUGGUGGUCCCUACGGCCUCGGCGAUCCCUGAGGGUAAGAGGGAUGUGUACCUCGCUAAUGGUUUCUUCUUCCUCGCUGUUCUCUUGGGCCUAUCACUACUAGGAGGGCAGUUUCUAAAAUGGGCUAGAGUCCGUUGGCUCGGCGAGUCGGGUCUUGCUACCGCCCUGGGGUUGUUGUGUGGACUGCUGCUAUAUAGUGUUCGAGCGGAGACUAUGUUGGAGAAAGUACUCGAGCUCAACGAAGAAGUUUUCUUCUUUGUUCUGUUGCCGCCUAUUAUCUUCCAAGGAGGAUUUUGUAUUGACACCAAGACGCUGUUCAAGAAUUUCGGCACCAUCGUGUGGCUGGCCGUAUGGGCUACACUCUGCAGUUUUAUGUUCAUCGCAGGGGCGGUAUUUCUCGCUGGUCAACUUGAGCUCUGCUCGCCUUGGACGAUACAUGAGGCCAUGGGUUUCGCCACGGUCAUCUCCGCGACGGACCCUGUGGCGGUCCUAUCGAUUUUGAAGUCGCUUUCGACGGCUGGUCCGCUGCUGUCGGGGUUGAUCGCAGGAGAGAGUCUGCUGAAUGACGCGAUUUGUCUGGUACUCUAUCGCUCGCUGAUACAUUGGGAAGAUCGAUCGCUGGUGCACGCCUUGCAGACGUUCGUAUACGUCUUCUUCUGCUCGUGCUUGCUGGGGACGGCAUUUGCAUUUGCCUCGUCGUUGGUGUAUAAGUAUUUCCCGAGAGAAAAUGGAGGCUAUGAAUUGACUACUAGAGUGGUAUCUUCUGGAGAGGUUGACCGUGGAAGAUACGAAAUAGGUCCGGAAGUGGACGCGGCUGGUUAUGGCUAUAGUGUGGUAUUGGAAGUUAGUGUACUUGUACUGUUUGUGUGGAUGAGCUACCUCCUAGCUGAAGGGCUUCAACUCUCUGGGAUAUGUGCGAUCCUUUUCUGCGGAAUAUUCAUGAGGAAAUAUACGUGGUAA